AUGCAUUACUGGUUUCUGAUUCUUAUCUCUUACACAGCUAUGCAAUGUGAUGAAGGCUGUGAACAUUAUAGUCCUUGUGUUCAGCUGUGCUAUGAUAUUACUUGCGUUGAGGGAUGUUGCAGCACAGAGUAUAUUGAUCCAGUAACUAGGGUAUGCACAGAAAAACCAGAUUGCAUUGUACCGCCAACUAAAAUACGUCCAACAGAAGGCACACAAACAACAGCAAUAACUACUGCUGCAGGUUUAACAACAUCAGCUCCAGCAAGUACGACCACUGUAGGUCAAACCACACAAGCUCCAGCAAUAACUACCGCUGCAGGUCUAACAACAUCAGCUCCAGCAAGUACGACCGCUGUAGGUCCAACCACACAAGCUCCAGCAGUAACUACCGCUGCAGGUUUAACAACAUCAGCUCCAGCAAGUACAACUGCUGUAGGUCCAACCACACAAGCUCCAGCAAUAAGUACCGCUGCAGGUUUAACAACAUCAGCUCCAGCAAGUACGACUGCUGUAGGUCCAACCACAAAAGCUCCAGCAAUAACUACCGCUGCAGGUUUAACAACAUCAGCUCCAGCAAGUACGACUGCUGUAGGUCCAACCACGAAAGCUCCAGCAAUAACUACCGCUGCAGGUUUAACAACAUCCGCUCCAGCAAGUACGACUGUUGUAGGUCCAACCACGAAAGCUCCAGCAAUAACUACCGCUGCAGGUUUAACAACAUCCGCUCCAGCAAGUACGACUGCUGUAGGUCCAACCACAAAAGCUCCAGCAAUAACUACUGCUGCAGGUUUAACAUCAACUCCAUUUGUAACUACAGUAACAGAAGUUAAACCGCACACAGAAAAAACAACAAUUAUCACAUUUCCAAAACCAACAAUAACUACAACUGUUGUCGGUCCAACCACACAAGCUCCAGCAAUAACUACUGCAGCAGGCUUAACAACAUCAGCUCCAGCAAGUACGACUGGUGUAGGUCCAACCACACAAGCUCCAGCAGUAACUACCGCUGCAGGUUUAACAACAUCAGUUCCAGCAAGUACAACUGCUGUAGGUCCAACCACACAAGCUCCAGCAAUAACUACCGCUGCAGGUUUAACAACAUCAGCUCCAGCAAGUACGACUGCUGUAAGUCCAACCACAAAAGCUCCAGCAAUAACUACCUCUGCAGGUUUAACAACAUCCGCUCCAGCAAGUACAACUGCUGUAGGUCCAACCACACAAGCUCCAGCAAUAACUACCGCUGCAGGUUUAACAACAUCAGCUCCUGCAAGUACGACUGCUGUAGGUCCAACCACGAAAGCUCCAGCAAUAACUACCGCUGCAGGUUUAACAACAUCAGCUCCAGCAAGUACGACUGUUGUAGGUCCAACCACGAAAGCUCCAGCAAUAACUACCGCUGCACGUUUAACAACAUCAACUCCAUUUGUAACUACAGUAACAGAAGUUAAACCGCACACAGGAAAAACAACAAUUAUCACAUUUCCAAAACCAACAAUAACUACAACUGUUGCCGGUCCAACCACACAAGCUCCAGCAAUAACUACUGCUGCAGGCUUAACAACAUCAGCUCCAGCAAGUACGACUGGUGUAGGUCCAACCACACAAGCUCCAGCAGUAACUACCGCUGCAGGUUUAACAACAUCAGCUCCAGCAAGUACGACUGUUGUAGGUCCAACCACACAAGCUCCAGCAGUAACUACCGCUGCAGGUUUAACAACAUCAGCUCCAGCAAGUACGACUGCUGUAGGUCCAACCACGAAAGCUCCAGCAAUAACUACCGCUGGAGGUUUAACAACAUCAACUCCAUUUGUAACUACAGUAACAGAAGUUAAACCGCACACAGAAAAAACAACAAUUAUCACAUUUCCAAAACCAACAAUAACUACAACUGUUGUCGGUCCAACCACACAAGCUCCAGCAAUAACUACUGCUGCAGGCUUAACAACAUCAGCUCUAGCAAGUACGACUGGUGUAGGUCCAACCACGAAAGCUCCAGCAGUAACUACUGCUGCAGGCUUAACAACAUCAGCUCCAGCAAGUACGACUGGUGUAGGUCCAACCACGAAAGCUCCAGCAGUAACUACCGCUGCAGGUUUAACAACAUCAGCUCCAGCAAGUACGACUGUUGUAGGUUCAACCACACGAGCUCCAGCUGUAACUACCGCUGCAGGCUUACCAACAUCAGCUCCAGCAAGUACGACUGCUGUAGGUCCAACCACGAAAGCUCCAGCAAUUACUACCGCUGCAGGCUUAACAACAUCAGCUCCAGCAAGUACGACUGUUGUAGGUCCAACCACGAAAGCUCCAGCAAUAACUACCGCUGCAGGCUUAACAACA